CUCCUCCUCCUCCCCGCGCCGCGGCCGUCCCCUCCCUCCCGCUCCCUCCCUCCCUCCCUCCUCGCCGCUGCCAGUUUCUCUACAACUAGUACAUCCACGCGCAGGCAGGGUCCGGCCGCCGCGGCUGCCAUGGAUAUCAGCUAAAGCCGGGCGGAGCGGGCACAGAGGCGCUCCCCGACCCAGCUCGCAGUCCCGCGGGGCCGGAGCAGCGGCGGCCGCUCCCGCCCGCCCCAAGCCUGCCCGGAGGAGCCCGGCUGCCCCGGGGAGGGGGGCAGAGAGGGAGGGAGGGAAGAAGCACGCACCGCAGGGAGGGAGUCGGGCAGAGCAUCCCCACGGCAAUGUCCAAGGGCUUGAAGAAGAAAAGCCACUGGACGAGCAGAGUCCACGAGAUCGUGAUCGUGAGGAACCCAGAGGGACAGCUGGGCUUCGAGCUGAAGGGGGGCGCCGAGAACGGGCAGUUCCCCUACCUAGGGGAGGUGAAGCCCGGCAAGGUGGCCUAUGAGGGCGGCAGCAAGUUGGUGCCGGAGGAGCUGCUGCUGGAGGUGAACGAGACCCCCGUGGCCGGGCUCACCAUCAGGGAUGUGCUGGCCGUGAUCAAGCACUGCAAGGACCCCAUCCGCCUCAAGUGCGUCAAGCAAGGAACAGCAUUUUAUAUUUCAAAGUGUUGCAGAGUCCUCUUGCAAGCUUAAUAAACUAAUAGAGCACGUAGGUGCUCCCAUCAUGGAAUCCUCGUGGAGUGGGAAAGGCAGCAGCUGCUCAACUCUUGUAUCAGACUGAGGGAGGAGGUGAACACUUCUUCAGUUUAAACUAUUGAGUACUUUGGCUAGGUAAAGUGUAAUUACCCCCCAGAUUCCCUGCACAGCCACUACACUACUCAUUUGCAAAACUCUCCUUGAACCUCAGGUCUACUGAGAUGCCUUCUCUGCACUUAUCAGUAUGAGGUGGUGCACUGUGACGCCUUCAUUAUGUUACAGUCAUUACAUACAUUGUGUGUAUAUAUAAAUAUAUAUAUUUAUAUAUAUAUAAUACAGUACUUGAUUUUGCUGGUAUUUCUGAUUUCUCUUUCCAUGUG